AUGUCAGUCGCGACAAAUAGAGUAGCUUUCUCAACAAUCAGAGAUACUCAAUUAAACUCUUCAACACCACUAGUUGAUAGGAAAUCAAAGCUACAUUACCAAUCUGCAGAUAAUUCUAGUCGUCUAAUAUCACUCACACCACGUAAAUACAGAAAGACAGGAGUUCCUGACCUCAUAUCGAGAUCUUUUUCGAUUGAAAAAUCUGGUACAUAUUAUGAUAAAAGUAUUUCCUCCACGUUGAAAUCCAAAAGUUUUGCCAGCCAUCAUCAUACUCCAGUCUCUUCACCGGAAAACUCAUCAACUUUGCAUUUGAAAUCCUCACUUUCAACAUUCAAAAACGAUGUAGCUGGCUUAGCUGCAACCAAAUUGAAAUUGAAAUUGCAAUUUGCCCUUCAUAAGGUUAAGCAAAAUAAAAUAAAGGGCGAAAUAAGCAAAGUAAACACCAACAAAAUGAAAGUUUCAAAGCCAACUUCAAACUUGUAUUUUUCUAGGAACCAGAAACAACAAACUCCCAUUGUAUCGCCACAUAAUGACUUACCAUUGAGAGCUUCUGCUUUUGCCUUUUUGCCCACACCACCAGAACAAGUACCGGCCCGCCACAAUUUCUACACCAAUUCAAUCAAUGUCAAUUUGCAAACAAAAAAUAAAGCAGCGUUUUCUAGUGCUUCAUUAUCAAAAGUGGCCUCAAACAAAACCGGGAAAAAAUAUCAAAAAUUAAGGUUAUUCCAAAUAAAGAAGACAAGUGUCUAUUAUUCAGGUUCACAACGAAGAUUGCCUUUGACUAAUGAAAAACAACAACAACAAGAACAACAGCAAGCUGCGCCAGCAAUUGAUUCAACGUCCAAUCUACUCUUGUUUUGCCAACCCACAGUGACAGAUGAUACACAUAAGAAGAAAGAGGGCAUUUCUACAGCUUUUCCCAAUAUUUUACCUUCUCUAAACUUGCGUUCACGCCUGGCAGAAUCCUCUUUUGCAAACCAAACUCCCAAUUUACCCUCCAUCAAUAAAAUUUUGAAAACACCUUUGAAACGUGCAAAUAUGUCGAGAUCUUUUAGAUUUCAACAGUCGUUUAAUAAUGCCGCGCCCACAGUAAUUGCAUCACGAACCCCCACCCUUGCUGAUGAAACGACGAUAGACGAAGACAACGACAUGACCUUAUUGCAAAAUACAACAUGUCAAAAUUCUACCAUUGAUCAAAUAGAUGAAAACACUACAAUUAGGAACAAAGACGAUGGUAUAAAGGAUGAUGAAGAUGAACAAGAAAACGAAAGCGACGGGUAUAAAAAAUCUGUCCUAGAUUCUUCUCCCAUCACCAACCAUCUUGGAACUCCUAAUAGUAGAAGUGUCGCCAAAUCCUUACUACAAUUAGGAGGACACAGAAUGUAA